GGGAUAAGAGUCAUACAAAAUCAACCACUCCAUGUUGAUAUGGAGCUUCAUCUUCACCUUUGUGGCAGAGAAAAAUCUGAUGGUGAAUCAAUACUGAGAAUUUCAGAGCUUCUGAUACCUGCAAUGUCAACCAAGUUUGGCUUUGACUUUUCCUAACAUCUUAAUUCCUAGAUGAUCAUCAAAGUAAGCUUUCUGGCUGCAGCUUCAGUUGCAGCAUAUGCAAUUUCACACAAAAACAGGUGCAAUUCCACCAAGAACCAUUUCGCCGGUAUUAAUCCACCAGAGAAUGAUGAGUCAAAUUUCCAUCAACAGCAAAUUGAAGGAGAGAUGGAAGAUGGGAAGAAGGCUGAAAUUAAUAGAAGCAAAGAACUGAAAAGGGUCAAUGAAACAGAAGUGUUACAUAAUCUAGCGAGGGAGGUACAGCAGAGGAAGCUGAGGAUUGAGAGGAAAUUGCUAGAGCUAUGUGAGCUAAGAGAAGAGAAAUCUUUUAUGUCUCACUUGCAAAGGCAUUUGGACGAGAAGUCGUUGGAGAUUGAAAUUCUCAAUUCCACCAUUGCUUCAAUGCAAACUGAGAGGAAGGAUCUCCAUGAAGAAGUCAAGCGAUGUGUCUUGGCAAGGAAGCAACUGGAGACGGCGAAGAAACUGAUACCUGAAAUGCAGAAGAAGAUGGAUUAUAUUAAAGAGAGCAACAUGGAGGUGAAGGGAAGGCUCUUGAUUGUGGAGGAACAAGUUUCCAACUUGCCUAGGGAUAAAGAUGAAGCAAACUCAGUUAGAUAUGACAUAGUUGAGAAGAAGCUCAAAGGUGUUAGAGAUGUUGAGAUGCAAAUUUUCAAGAUGAAGAGGAGAAACAAAGAGCUUGAGCUUGGAAAGAGAGAAUUGGCAGUCAAAUUGGUUGCUGCUCAAGAUAAAAUUACUGCCCUAACCAACAUAACUGAGAGUGAAAACAUUGCUAAGAUUGGAGAGGAGGUAAGAAAGUUGAGGCACACUAACGACGAUUUGUUGAGACGAGUUGAGAGAUUACAAAACAACAGAUUCGAUAUGGUCCAACAACUUGUGUACCAGCGCUGGCUCCACACUUGCUUGAGACUUGAAAUUGAAUCCCACAAUGGCAGCAAGAUUUCAAAUCCCUGCUUUGACAGCGUGUCGCCUCAGACAUCUACAACUGAUCUGAGCGAUGAAGUGUUCGAGACAACUACUGUGGAGUUGGAUAGUUCAUCAUCAAGUAGCCAAAGAAGUAGCACUACUGAUAAGAAAUCCGGAUUCAUGCAUAGUAUUAAAAAGUGGGGUACAAAAAGAAGAAAGGAUGAAAGGUCCUCCGGAGGUGACUCCUUCAGCAAAAAAGGCCUAGUUCGCAGGUUUUCGACAUCAAUGGUGCCGGUGAAAGCUUCAAUACUGAAAAACAAAGGUGACAAUGCAGUCAAAUCAAGAGGACGGAGAGUCUCAUUUAGUGAUUCAGUUGGUUCAACAGUUCAAUCCGAAUGUGUCUUCGAUGAUUCAGUUGGAUCAACAGUUCAAUCCAAAUGUGUAUUCGAUGAUAAUGAGAGGUCUGGCUGCAAAUCAACAACUAAUUCAGCCGAAAAUGGUAACUCUGAACUUGAAGAAGAGACACACUAUGAGCAUGCAUCAUCACCAGAUGUGACUAUUUCUUGUACCACUCCCAACACCGUCAAAGAAGACAGCAGCAUUACUCAAGUAAACAGGACUGAAACGGCUUCCUAUAGUAACCAGGAAAACAAGGUUGACACCGAUGUUGUGGGACUUAUUGCUGCUUUGUUCUUCCUCCUCUUCAUCUUAUUAGUUGCCUGUUUUAAAUUUUAG